GUACCAGGACCAGCUCACAGGAGGCAGGAGGGUUGGAAGUGGUGCCCAGCGGCCUCCCAGGCCUCCUGGAGUGUCUGAUCCCUUUCUUCAAGAAUGGGUCUCUGGGGGAUGCUUGCCUUCCCCCUGGGAUUUCUGCUUGCUUCUGUGCUCCUGGUGGCUUCAGCCCCAGCCACUCCAGAGUCUCCAGGCUGCAGCAACAAAGAGCAACAAGUCACUGUUAGCCACACCUACAAGAUUGAUGUGCCCAAGUCUGCUCUGGUUCAAGUAGAGACUGACCCACAGUCACUCAGCGAUGAUGGGACGUCACUCUUGGCUCCUGGGGAGGAUGGAGAAGAGCAGAACAUUAUCUUCAGGCACAACAUCCGUCUUCAGACACCGCAGAAGAACUGUGACCUGGCAGACAGCAUCCAGGACCUGCUAGCCCGGAUGAAAAAGCUGGAGGAUGAGAUGGCAGAGCUGAAGGAGCAGUGUAAUACCAACCGCUGCUGCCAGGGAGCUGCUGAUCUGAGCCGUCACUGCAGUGGCCACGGGACCUUCUUCCCCGAGACCUGCAGCUGCCACUGUGACCAGGGCUGGGAGGGCGCAGACUGUGAUCAGCCCACCUGUCCUGGGGCUUGCAGCGGCCACGGGCGCUGCGUGGAUGGGCAAUGCGUGUGUGACCAGCCAUAUGUGGGGGUCGACUGCGCCUACGCCGCCUGUCCCCAGGACUGCAGUGGGCAUGGCGUGUGCGUGCAGGGUGUCUGCCAGUGCCACGAGGACUUCACAGCAGAGGACUGCAGCGAGCAGCGCUGUCCUGGAGACUGUAGUGGCAACGGUUUCUGUGACACUGGCGAGUGUUAUUGCGAGAUGGGCUUUACUGGCCCCGACUGUUCCCAGGUGGUGGCUCCUCAGGGCCUGCAGUUGCUCAAGAGCACGGAGAACUCUCUGCUGGUGAGCUGGGAGCCCUCCAGUGAGGUGGACCACUACCUGCUCAGCUACUACCCCCUGGGGAAGGAGCAAGCUACAAAACAGGUCCAGGUGCCCAAGGAGCAGCACACCUAUGACAUCACGGGCUUGCUGCCUGCCACCAAGUACAUAGUCACCCUGCGCAACGUGAAGAAAGACAUUUCCAGCAGCCCUCAGCAUCUACUUGCCACCACAGAUCUUGCUGUGGUGGGCACAGCCUGGGUAAAUGAAGAGACUGAGACAUCCCUCGAUGUGGAGUGGGAGAACCCUCUGACUGAGGUGGACUACUAUAAGCUUCGGUAUGGCCCCUUAACAGGGCAGGAAGUGACAGAGGUCACUGUACCCAAGAGCCGUGAUCCUAAGAGCAGAUAUGACAUCACUGGUCUGCAGCCUGGAACGGAAUAUAAAAUCACAGUUGUGCCCAUACGAGGUGAUCUGGAGGGAAAGCCGAUUCUCCUGAACGGCAGGACAGAAAUCGAUGGACCAACCAAUGUGGUCACAAAUCAGGUGACAGAAGACACAGCAUCUGUUUCCUGGGAUCCAGUGAGGGCUGACAUAGACAAGUAUGUGGUGCGCUAUAUAGCCCCUGAUGGGGAGACCAAGGAGAAGGCAGUACCGAAGGACCAGAGCAGCACCGUUCUCACAGGCCUGAAGCCAGGAGAGGCGUACAAAGUCUUUGUGUGGGCUGAGAGGGGCAACCAAGGCAGCAAGAAAGCAGACACCAAGGCCCUCACAGAAAUUGACAGCCCAGAAAACCUGGUGACAGACCGGGUGACAGAGAACAGCCUCUCUGUCUCCUGGGACCCAGUGGAGGCUGAAAUCGACAGGUACGUGGUAAGCUACACUUCCGUGGAUGGAGAGACGAAGCAGGUUCCAGUGAGGAAGGACCAGAGGAGCACCGUCCUCACCGGCCUGAGUCCCGGUGUGGAGUACAAAGUUUACGUGUGGGCGGAGAAAGGCGAUCGAGAGAGCAAGAAGGCCAACACCAAGGCUCCCACAGACAUUGACAGUCCCAAAAACUUGGUGACUGACCAGGUGACAGAGAACACUCUCAGUGUCUCCUGGGACCCUGUUCAGGCCACCAUUGACAGGUAUAUGGUGAGCUACACCUCUGCUGAUGGAGAGACAAGAGAGGUUCCAGUGCCUAAGGAGAAGAGCAAUACCAUCCUGACUGGCCUGAGGCCAGGCAUGGAGUACAAGGUCCACGUGUGGGCGCAGAAGGGGACCCAGGAGAGCAGGAAGGCCAACACCAAGGCCCCCACAGAUAUCGAUGGCCCCAAAAACCUGGUGACUGACCAGGUGACCGAGACCACUCUUAGUGUCUCCUGGGACCCAGUGGAGGCUGACAUCGAUAGGUACAUGGUGCGCUACANGUCUCCUGAUGGGGAGAGCAAGGAGGUGCCUGUGUCAAAGGAGAAGAGCAGCACAGUCCUGAGGGGCCUGAGGCCAGGUGUGGAGUACAAGGUGGAUGUGUGGGCCCAGAAGGGGGCCCAGGACAGUCGGAAGGCCAACACCAAGGCCCCCACAGAUAUUGACAGCCCUAAAAACCUGGUGACAGAGCAGGUGACAGAGAGCACUGCCACCGUGUCCUGGGAUCCAGUAGAGGCUGACAUUGACAGGUAUGUGGUGCGCUACACCUCUGUCGAUGGCGAGACCAGAGAAUUUCUCGUUGGGAAGGACCAAACAAGCACCGUUCUGACAGGCAUGAGACCAGGUGUGGACUAUCAGGUCGAUGUGUGGGCCCAGAAGGGGACACAGGAGAGCAGGAAGACCAGCACCAAAGCCCCAACAGCCUCACAGAGGUUGGUGAUGAGCUGUGGAUAUAACUCAGAGGUGCCUGUGUCAAAGGAGAAGAGCAGCACAGUCCUGAGGGGCCUGAGGCCAGGUGUGGAGUACAAGGUGGAUGUGUGGGCCCAGAAGGGGGCCCAGGACAGUCGGAAGGCCAACACCAAGGCCCCCACAGAUAUUGACAGUCCCAAAAACCUGGUGAUCGACCAGGUGACAGAGACCACUCUCAGUGUCUCCUGGGACCCAGUACAGGCUGACAUUGACAGGUAUGUGGUGCGCUAUACCUCUGCUGAUGGGGACUCCAAAGAAUUCCUGAUUGGGAAGGAACAGAGGAGCACAGUCCUGACAGGCCUGAGGCCAGGUGUGGAGUACAAGGUUGAAGUGUGGGCCCAGAAAGGAGCCCGGGAGAGCAAGAAAGCCAACACCGAAGGUCACACAGAUAUUGACAGCCCCAAAAACCUGGUGACCAAUCAGGUGACUGAAAAUACAGCCACCAUCUCCUGGGACCCGGUGCAGGCUGAUAUUGACAGAUACAUGGUGCGCUACACAUCCGCUGAUGGAGAGACCAGGGAGAUCCCAGUGAGGAAGGAGAAGAGCAGCACGGUCCUCACAGGCCUGAGGCCGGGUGUGGAGUACGCCAUCCAAGUGUGGGCUCAGAAGGGGGCCCGGGAGAGCAAGAAGGCCAAAACCAAGGCCCCCACAGAAAUUGACAGCCCCAAGAACUUGGUGACCAACCGAGUGACAGAGAAUACAGCCACCAUCUCCUGGGACCCAGUGCGAGCCAACAUUGACAGGUACAUGGUUCGCUACACCUCUGCGGAUGGAGAGACUAAGGAGAUUCCAGUGUCAAAGGAUCAGAGUAGCACCAUCCUGACAGGCCUGAAACCAGGCAUGGACUAUACCAUUCAUGUGUGGGCCCAGAAGGGGGCCCGGGAGAGCAAGAAGGCUGACACCAAGGCCUUAACAGAAAUUGACCCUCCCAGGAAUCUCCGUCCUUUCGGGGUGACACAUUCUGGAGGGGUUUUGACCUGGAUGCCCCCCUCUGCUCACAUUGAUGGCUACAUUUUGACCUACCAGUUCCCAAAUGGCACCGUGAAGGAGGUGGAGCUCCCAAGAGGCCAGCAGAGAUAUGAAUUGCAAGACCUGGAACAGGGUGUCACCUAUCCGGUUUCCCUGGUUGCCUUUAAAGGUACUCAGCGGAGCCGGACUGUGUCUACCACCCUUUCUACAGUGGACGCCCGCUUUCCACACCCCUCUGACUGCAGUCAAGUUCAGCAGAACACCAACGCUGCCAGUGGGCUCUACACCAUCUACCUCAAUGGCGAUGCCAGCCGACCCAUGCAGGUGUACUGCGACAUGGACACCGACGGAGGCGGCUGGAUUGUCUUCCAGAGACGGAACACUGGGCAGCUGGAUUUCUUCAAGCGUUGGCGGAGUUAUGUAGAAGGUUUUGGGGACCCCAUGAAGGAGUUCUGGCUUGGACUUGAUAAACUACAUAAUCUCACCACUGGCACCACCACUCGGUAUGAGGUGAGGGCAGACUUACAGACUUUCAAUGAAUCUGCCUACGCUGUAUAUGAUUUCUUCCAAGUGGCGUCCAGCAAAGAGAGGUACAAGCUGUCGGUUGGAAAAUACAGAGGCACAGCAGGGGAUGCUCUCACCUACCACAAUGGAUGGAAGUUCACGACUUUUGACAGAGACAAUGAUAUUGCCCUCAGCAACUGUGCGCUGACGCAUCAUGGUGGCUGGUGGUAUAAGAACUGCCAUUUGGCCAACCCGAAUGGCAAAUAUGGGGAGACCAAGCACAGUGAGGGGGUGAACUGGGAGCCAUGGAAAGGACAUGAGUUCUCCAUUCCUUAUGUGGAGCUGAAAAUCCGCCCGUUUGGUUAUAGCCGAGACCGUUUCUCUGGCAGAAAGAAGCGCUCCAUAGGAGGAAAAGCAAGGAUGUUCUGA